AUGUCUCCAGUCCAGAGGAGAAAGUUAGACCCACCCAGGAAGCAGAGGCAUUGUAGGAAGGCCAUACGGACAAAGAGAACCAGGAAGAUCAAGAGAAAGGAGAGAGUGGAGGUUCCCUGCCUCCCCAUUUUUCCGAUACCUUUGGUACCACUACAAAGUGAAGAAGAUGAGGCUGUAGAUAAAAAGCUGACCCUACGCAGUGCCCAGGAGGGUGAUCCUAACCUUCCCAAUAAGGACAGAUUACAGAGUGAGCAGGAUGACGGUACCUAUAUGAUGCAUCAGGAAAGUCAAAACCAGCCCUGUGGGCCCUCAGUGUCCCAGGAGCCUGGGCCCUCUUCUUCUACAGCGUUAUCCUUGGCAUCGCCACCACUGUGCUUCGGGAGUUUCCUAAGCAGUGUCUGCCAGACCUUUUCGAGGUCUAGGAAGCAGAAACCUCCUAGAAGAAAGGGCAACAAGCAGGCUGAGACAGGAGAUGACGUAAUGCUCCCGGACCUGGCCUGCUGA